AUGUCCCCUCGGUCGCCCCAUUAUAUCCCUGUCGGAUGUCUCGCGAUCCCCCGCUCUGAGGUCAUCGUCGAGGAUUCGCUAUGGCAAGCCGACGACGCUAUUUGGAAGCCUCUUGUACGCCCAGAGAGCUCAAAGUCGGACAGAAUACCUGAUGAGGCGGCUCGCAAUGGCGGCACAAGGUCGAUAACGCAAACGGCAUUGCUUCAUUCCGCCAAAUCGGUCUCGCAGCUGUUGGACGCCCGUUGGGCACAAUUCGAAUAUAGAACCUUUCCGGAAUUUGAUGACACGACAGUAGUGAGAGUCUAUUUUCUUGCUGACGAUGCUCUAAGAAGUUCCAUCAGCAGGGCUCUAGAGAUUCCAAACAAGCAUCGCUUCAAGAUUCUGACUGAAGUGGACAGUUCUGCUCGAGUUUGGGCGGGACUGGAGAAGCCUCUUCCGAACGAGAGAAAUCCUCUCGCGCUAAAUACCCUGGAAGAAUCCGAUGCUCCUACGUCUCUGCUGGAACUGUUCAAUAACAUUCCUUCGCCUGCACCGGACACUGCUAUUAUUACGGACCCGCUUCUGAACCAUGCCACAGAAAACGUUAUCAAGGGCAAAAUAUCUGGUCUGAAAUCCGAACUUCUUCCAUAUCAGAAGCAAUCUAUAGCACUGAUGAUACAGAAAGAGGCCUGUCCUGGCAGUGUGCUUGAUCCGCGACUUGUGCAUUUGCAUGAUCGAGACGGUCACUCUUGGUACGUAGAUCCCGUCGCAAAAACCGUCUUACGAGAUGCGAGAUACUACGAUGCCGUAUCCGGAGGCAUAUUGGCCGAGGAAAUGGGAACGGGAAAAACAAUCAUAUGCCUUGCGCUAGUAUUGGCUACGCGGGCGUUUCCUGCUGAAACGCCAGAAGUCUAUUGGUCGCCAGCGCUGCCAGUACGCAAGUCGGUUGGAUCUCUGAUGGAUAUGGCAGCUUCGUGCGCGAACCGAUACUCACAGUCUUGGAUAAGCUACUACGGACAUACCAAGAAGAAUGACUUUAGGGGAACUGCCAUUGCGAAUGCGAUCCAACGGAACCCUGGCUCCUACACCCUACCUGGCGCCAAACCGAGGAAACGUGCACGUGGAGGAAGCAACUUGGGCCUGCCAAGGACGAUCUACCUCAGCAGCACUAGCCUGGUCAUCGUCCCUGAGAACUUACUUUCACAAUGGCAGCAAGAAAUUAGCGAGCAUACGGAAGAUCUCGAGGUUCUUGUGCUGGCUAAACACGACGUCAUUCCCAGAACCGAAAUAUUGCUCAAGUACGAUAUUCUGUUGUUCUCCCGGUCACGUUUUGAUAAGGUGGUCAAAAGUGAGGGCAUUUCUAAAACACCUCUCGCUUCCAUUCACUUCAAACGUUGCAUCGUUGACGAAGGACAUAUUCUGGGUAAUUCAAAAUUUUCCAACAAAAGCCUCCUACUGCAGGGUCUUGAUGAGUUGCAAUUCACCUCGCGGUGGGUCGUGACUGGAACACCAUCCCGUGGUUUAUAUGGAGCGUCUGGCCAGAGCAGCGGUGAUACACUGUUGCAAAAAGGGACGCUCAAGAGUUCAUCGAUGACUCAAAUGUCAGCAGCACAGGAACGAAAAGACAUUGAUCGGCUCGGCGCCAUUGCAGCACUGUAUUUGAAAGCACGACCAUGGGCCACCUCGGCUUCGGAGGCUUCAGAGAUGGGAGAUACUGUGGCAAAGUGGGCAGCGCAUUUCAGUUCACCGACUUCUGGCUCUGGAUGGGUACGACGCUGGAAAUGCCUGAAAUUGACAAUCAAUUCGCUCAUUCUACGUCAUCAGCUACACGAGGUGCUUGAUUUACUGCCACCCGUGGACGAAAAGAUUGUGCUUCUCGAUGGGUCGUACCAGGACAUGCUGUCACUCAACAUCUUUGCCAUGAUGAUCAUCUUUAAUUCAGUCCAGUCGCAACGAACUGAUGCAGAUUACUUUUUUCACGCCAAGCAACGCAAGAGUCUGCUUCAAAUUGUGCACAAUUUAAAGCAAUCGAGCUUUUUUGGCGGAUCCUUCUUUAGUGUCGAAGAAAUCGAAAAGGCUGUACAAACAGCCGAAGAAUUUCUGGAAAAGAAAGAAGUCGAGAUUAAUGACGAAGACGAGGCGCUUCUCAAGACAGCAAUAGACUUUGGCCACCUCGUGUUGAAGAAUGAGCUCCGCAUACUGAGCAACCGCUUCCACGAAAUGCCAGUCUGCGUUGCAGGAAUUCCUGGGGGCGCUGGUAGAUACUGGUCUUUGGACGGAGAAGAAAAUGGUUUCAUUUGCACAUCUGCCAGCAUGAUGCUCACUGUUCAAAGAAUGCUUUAUAAUGCAGCGAGUAAGGCGGUUGAUGAUCCUGGGCAGCUCAAUUCUCUAUUGAACGGUGGUUUGAUACAAAACGGCCUGUUGGAGAGAGAAAGGGCCGAAACUGAAGCAGAGUCUAUUCGACGAGCAACCAAGACAUCGACGACCUUGGCCGGCAACACUAAGCUCGGCAACGACAAACCUAAGUCGCUUCACCGGUAUAGACAUGGAAUUCAUGGUGCUGAGCCGGCACAAGUGGUAACCGAUGAGGCAUUUGCUUCUGUUUUGGCAGAGACGAAACUUGUGUCUACAGUAUCUGCCAAGCUUUCGUACCUGCUUGAUAGUAUCGUCAAGCACCAAGCCGAUGAAAAGAUUAUUAUAUUCUACGAAAACGAAAACGUUGCUUGGUAUUUGGCGAAUAUGUUGGAUAUGCUGGAAAUUCAGCACCUUAUUUAUUCUAAUACGAUUAGCGCCGAUAGAAGGGCGGAGUACGUCAGAACAUUUCACCACAACAAGAGGUUUAGGGUUCUGCUGAUGGACAUAUCAAAGGCUGCUUUCGGGCUGGACAUGCACGCAGCGUCGCGAGUGUACUUUAUCAACCCCGUGCUGAACCCUCAAGUGCAAAGCCAAGCCAUUGCUCGAGUACGACGCAUCAGCCAGCACAGGGGUGUCUCGGUCGAGACGCUGGUGCUCAAAGGCAGCAUCGAUGAAGUCAUACUGGAUCGCAAAGAGCACAUGACACAGGCGGAGCAUGUCAAAGCAAAGACGAUCCUAGACGUGUCUUUGAUCAAGGACUGGAUAAGAAAUGCCAAGAUUAUGCGUGUUGGAGAAGCGGGCGAUAGUCACGCUGCUCAGAUGGUGCCGCUGGCGACUCCUCUGCCCAUCUUUGGCAAGGGGUUCGGGCGCUUGGCUGGCCCUGACGAGGGUUUGGUCAAGGACCAGGCCGUGGCGCCCAAAGCAGCAUUGCCGGAUCGAGCUGCGACAUGGGCGCCGAGCGGCCAGAAGCGUGUGCGAGAAGGAGACACGGAACAGCGACUGGCGAGACGUGUACGAUUUACAGGAGAGUCGGAUUCGCCUUGA